AUGCUUUCAGCAGCUAAUAAAAAAAGUUUAACUGCAACAUCUAUGGUUUCGACAAGUUCCUCCGAAAACUUCUCCAUUAAUUCAACAAACAAUAAUGACUUUUAUUCUGUAGCUUCUUACACUAAUGAAGAAACCAUCUCUUCAAAAGAAAACGAGGGAGAAAAUACUAUUGAUUCGAUUGCAAUUAUAGCAAACAAAUCUUUGACUAAUGAUAAUUCUAGCUCACGGGCUGGUUUAACUUUGAUAUGUAUUUUCCUUUCUUUUACGGGAUUAAUAUUUGGCUGGGACGUUGGUACUAUUGGUGGUAUUACCAACAUGACAAGCUUCAAAAAUCAUUUUGGCACUCGAAUUGAUUCAAUUACUGGUGAGAAAUAUUUGCCCUCUUUAUUGGUCGGUGGAAUCAUCUCUAUUUUUAAUAUUGGUUGUGCUGCUGGGGGAUUAAGCUUGGCUAGAAUAGGUGACACUUAUGGUAGAAAAAUCGGUAUAUACCUAGCUUUGAUUGUUUAUUUAAUCGGCUUAUUUAUUCAAAUAACAUCUGUUUCUGGUAAAUGGUAUCAGUUUUUCAUCGGAAGAAUUUUCACUGGUUUAGGUGUGGGGUCCACUUCUGUUUUGGGUCCUAUGUUUAUCAGUGAGUCUGCCCCAAUUGAUAUUCGUGGUAGAAUGAUUUCUAUGUAUCAAGUCAUGUGUACCUUUGGUAUCUUGGCUGGUAAUGUUACUAAUUUCAUUUGUGUGAAAAUUCUAUUAUCUUCAGCAACUAAUCGACAGUGGAUUAUUCCAAUAGCUAUUGGUAUUUUAUGGGCUUUUUUUGUAUUUAUUGCUGUAAUAAUUGCUCCCGAGUCUCCAAUUUACUUGCAAGAAAAAAAAUUGAAACAAGAAAAUACAAACAAUAAAAAAGUGUUUUUUUUUAAUCCAUUAAAAAAUGGGAAUUCAUUAUACUUACGUUUAUUUAUCGGAAUCAUGAUUAUGGUUUUUCAACAAACUUCUGGUGUGAAUUACUUCUUUUAUUACGGCACCUCAUUAUUUGAUUCUAUUGGUAGUUCUGACCCAUAUUUAACUGCUAUUAUUUUGUCUGCUGUUAACUUUGGUACCACGUUAAGUGGCAUAUCCCUAGUUGAUAAAUUGGGGCGCAAAAAACUAUUGUUUUAUGGUUCCAUAGGAUGCUUUAUCUCCAUGUUUGUUUAUGCUUCUGUUGGACAGUUUUGUGGUGGUGCUAUUCAUGUGGCCACAAUAAUAAUGAUACUUUUCACUUGUCUUUUCAUAAUUUCCUUUGCGAUUACUUUGGGCCCAGUCAGUUUUGUUGUUAUUUCUGAAUUGUUCCCUGCUCAUUGCAAGAAUUUAUGCAUGGCUAUUUCCACUUUAUUUAAUUGGCUAUUUAAUUUUUUGAUAGGGUUUUUCACACCAAUUAUUACUUCUAAGAUUGGUUUUAGUUUUGGUUAUGUAUUUGCAGCUUUCAUGUUAAUCUCAAUUUUUUUCGUUUUCUUUAUGGUGCCAGAAACAAAAGGACUAACAUCUUUUCAAAUUGAAGAAAUUUAUUCAGGUAAUAGAGGAAAUUGUGCCAGUCAGCAAGAAUCCUGUAAAAAAGAAAUUUCAACGGAAAAUGAUUUCUAA